UUCCUGAGGAACCUAAAUAUACCAGAGAAGAUGAGAUAGCUUUCUUAAAAACAUUUAAGGGCAAAGUCCUUUUAUAUAUCACCUGCAAUGCCACAGUCUCACCUUCCUGAAGACAAUACAGCGUUCGCACAAACUAUUCCACCUUGCCAGGAACUUCCUGGACUGUGUGUCAGCCAGAUGUGCUGCAGCUGAGGGUGUCGUGACUGUUCAGAGCUCUCGGGGCCAGGGAGCAGUCAGCAGCGUUCGGUGAGAGUGAAUGCCCGCACGACUGUCCAGACAUGGAGUUGACUGUCCAGUCGACCAGCGUCUCAAAGAAGAAUAUGUUGGCCAAAGCACUAUACGACAACAAGGCGGAAUGCUCGGAUGAGCUGGCCUUCCGAAAGGGCGACAUACUCACUGUUCUGGACCAGAAUAUCUUCGGCAGUGAGGGCUGGUGGAGGUGCUAUCUGCAUGGACGUCAGGGCCUUGCUCCGGCCAACCGGUUGCAACUGUUCACCAUAACCCAGAAUGAUUCCCCAUUGGUGCAGUCCAAAUAUAAUUCCCUUGGCAGGCAACAGUCCUCGCAGAACAUUUACCAAGUGCCCUCUGCCCCCAAGAACGAACCUGGAUCCAUGUACGAGAGGAUGGAAAACCUAAUCCCAGCAACACAGAAGCCUAUAUCCGGGGAUAUCUACCAGACCCCCAUUUGUUCUCCUGCUCAAGUCUUCUAUGAAAGGACUAACAGCUCAUCCAGCCAGCAUCUCUUCACCCUCCCUAGAGCAUCACGAGCUUCAAAGACCAGUGUAUCUGAUCCAGAAGUCUAUGAUGUUCCACCUUCCAAGCUUAACGUUCCAGUUGUCUCCCAGCGAGGUACCACCCCAUCUCCAGUCAGUGGACGUUCUCCAUUUCUUGCCUCUUCUGAGCAGCAAAUCUAUGACAUCCCAUCCAGUCCGGACACUCCAGGAAGAAGCAAAGUCAAGACUCCUAAAGAGUCAAAUGUGUAUGAUAUCCCCCCAACGGGUACCUUGGCUCACCAAAAGAACAGAAGUGAAACUCCACCAGUGAGUCCUCAUUAUAAUACUCUUCCAAAUCCCCGGAAAUCGGAUUGGAUCUACAACAUCCCCUUAUCACCUGAGCGAAAUAAUUUGAAAGGUGACUGUAGAAAAAUCUCUAUAGACAGAGGGAUGGUGUAUGACGUGCCUCCGACACGGUAUGGACCUGUCCAUUCUAACUCUGCAUCCAGUCAAAUAUAUGAUGUCCCACCACAGCAAAGCAAACUAUCGGACAAUCAAAGUCUCUACGAUGUCCCAGCAUCCAGAGAUACUUCUGUUAUGCAACAGAAUGGAAGUUUAAGAAAAGGCUCAUCCACAUUUGGGAUACAAAGGAUAGAACAUGUGGAUUCCAGGGAAAAUGUUUACGAUAUCCCAAGAGGGUCAUCUGCUGGGUCUCCACCAAAGUCUGAGGUGGGUAGUCUAUCAUACAAUGACAGGAUAUAUGAUGUUCCUCCUCCACUGCCAAGGAAUUCCAAACCUUCUCUACAUGACAGGUUGUCAGUGUCCAGCUCCGAAAGUUGCACCAGCACUUUAUCUACAUCAUCCAAUGCUUCUACUGAGUCCUUUACAACUUCUGUUCUAGAUGAAAGACCCACCCAAGUGACUCUAGAACCAGAAGUGGCCAUCAAGAAAAUAACUGAACUUCAAGAACGAGUGUCUAGCUCCAUAGCAAGUCUCAUGAUCUUUGUCAGCAGCAAAUGGAGGCUACAGGAAAACAUGGAGGCCAACCUGGGGGACAUUCACAGAGCUGUAGACAGCAUUAUCUCAUCCUUAGAAAAAUUCAUAGAUUUUGCCCAGGGUAUUAAGGUGAAUGCUUCCAACUUAACAGACACAAACAUCCAAAUGAGGAUUAAUACCCAGCUACAAACUCUUACAGACUCCUUCCAGACCCUAUCUCGAAAUCAGGAAGCCAUAAAUCUUUGCCACUGGUCACUGCAGGCUUUGGUCAUGGACAAACCUCAUAUGACACCCGACGACCUUGACCAGUUUGUUAUGGUGGCCAGGACUAUACCAGAUGACAUCAAGCGCUUUGUUUCUAUUAUCAUAGCAAAUGGAAAACUUCUAUUUAAAAAGCCCGAGAGUGAGAAGUUGAAGCCCGUAAAAGAACAUGUGGUGAGCCGAAAGCCACAGGUUCCCCUUCGCAAAGAAACCCGAAUCCUUCAGGAGUCAUGUUUUAAUAAUAACAUUGAGAAACAAAAAAAUGAAAAAGACCAGCUCUCCAGGCAGAAGGCUAUAGAAGAUAAUGGAUAUGUCUACCUUCAGAAAAAACAGGAUUAUGAGAAGUCGCAGAAUUUGUCUCCAAUUCAGCAGCUGGAAAAGAAGACAAGUUCUGAAGAAAAGAGGAAAGGAUGGCUAAAGCCUGAUUUUAGGAUAUCUUCAAGCAAAGACUCUGAAAAGAAAAAUGACACCAGCUCCUUAAAAGAUCCCACAGUCUGCACAACCAAACCAGAGGCCCUGAGAUCAACACAUCCAGUAAAGAAGAUCGCACUUUCCGAUGAAUGCUACCUUUACUUCAGCGCUCUCCAGAAAGCAAUCCGUGUUUUAGAAGACAGUCUCACCAAAAAUGAGACACCUGAAGUCUUCAUCACCCAUGGAAAACUGAUCAUUAUGGUCGGACAGAAACUGGUGGACCUUCUCUGCCAAGACGUCAAGGCCAAUGAAGCCCGUAGUGACAUUCUGUUUAAGAGCAGCGAGCUCUGCAGCCUACUAAAGAAUUUGGCCAUAGCCACCAAGACGGCUGCCAUACAGUACCCAAACACAGUCACCAUGCAGGAACUCCAACGUAGGACAAAUGAGCUGUCUAACUACACACAGUUAUUCCGGUCAAUGGUGGAAUGAUGG